AUGCCGAUGGAACCUCACACAAGAGGACAAACUGAUGAGCUGGCAGUUCCCCAGAGGUUAAUGCCCUACAGCCAGUCACGUGCUACAGUCAAUCCGAAGUACAAUGCAUCAGAGUUUUAUCUGGAAGACUGUAAACUUGAUUCCGGUUUGUCUGAUGUUACUAGCGAGGUGGAAAGGCUCUGUCAACCACAACCUGUUCCAUAUAUUUCUCCAAAAAGCAAGUUAACUGCUAAAUCAAUUGUUGGCCACCCACUUACUGCUGACAUGUUAGAAGGUGGUAUAGUCAUUAAAAAGAGGCCACGUGGAAGGCCACGCACAAAGAAUGUCAGUCUGCAGCAGCUAAUCCCACAAGUGAAAUCAUGA